GUCGGGAGGAAUCACUGCCACUGGAGCAAAACCAAGGAAGGUGCGCGAUCAAGCAUUUGAAAAUCAGGAAAGCAUUAUCAAUGGCCUGCGCAUCUGAUGCCACGACGCCCCAUGCCAAGCCUGUCCAGGAUGUAGGCCGCUAGGUGCGGUGCGAAUUGUUGAUAUCUGUCAAGCAAGGUGCUAAGAAACUUGCACAUUCUGAAUGGGUUCACAUCAGGAUGCUGAUGCCUGGACACGAUGACCAGUUUGGAGGCACGCAGCACGCGGGCUAGCAAGGGAGACGUGGUUGGCACGCCCCCGCUGUCCUCAACCACCAGCAAUCAGACUGGGCGUGGGGAGGGCUUCACAACACCCAGCCGACUGGGACGGAGCAACAGUCGACCAGAGAGCAUGGUGGACAGGCGUGUAUCCGCAGGUGAGAUCGGACUGAUCAACCUGACGGUUGGUGGGGCUGCAACUGCGAGUGACCGUGUGACCGAGGGCGACACCCUGUCAGAUGCUGAUUCAGAAAAGCAAGCGCUCCUGAUGGAAGAGGGCAAGGCGAGCGCGGCCAAGAGCACACGCCCCCCCAAAAAGGACCGGCGGAAACGAGUAAAUAUUGGGGAAGCGAGCGGGGCGACCGAGCUGUUCCAGUGGGUUUGGGGGGGGUCCAAACACUCGGGGCUGCUGUGCGUGGCCCUCUCCUGCGCUUGCUAUGCCCUGAUGGAGGUGCCGACCGUGCUGUUUGCGGCGCAUACCAUCCCCCCUUUUCAGACUGCAGCGAUGCGCUGCGGGAUGAUCGCGCUCGUGUCCGGGCUCAUGCUGCGGAAAGCGGGGAUUCCGCUGUUGGGCAGCCCGGAUCUUCAAUGGCUCCUCGCCGCCCGCGUGCUCUGCGGGUUCGCAGCCCUCUCCUCGUUCUUCUUCAGCCUCGGAGCGCUGGGCGCCGCCGACGUGACGGCCAUCACGUAUCUAGGACCCUUCUUCGUUGCGGGGAUGGCUCAUGUGGCGCUGCAGGAGAAGACGGCCUUGACGGAGAUGCUCGGGAUGGCGCUCGGGUUUGUGGGCGUGAUCCUGCUGGCGCAGCCCCCGCUCUUUUUCAAGAACCCCAUGCUGUCGGGCCUCAGUGGAAUGUACAGCGUCCAGAAAGGCCAGGACGGGUGGGACGACCCGUUGGCGCUGCUGGUGUGCGUAGUGGCCACGGCCGCGGGGGCAGCUGCGCUCUGUGCCGUACGAAGCUUUGUGAAAGCGGGAGAGUCACCGUUAGUUACCGUGUUUGCUUUCUCUGCGUUUUCGGGGCCAGCUGCUCUUUGUAUGUUAGGCAUCACGCAAAAAUUUGUGUUUCUAGGGGCGUGGGAAGUCCUGGGAACGUGCCUGGUUUCCAUGCUGGCAUUUGCCGCACAGGUUCUGUUGGCACGAGGGCUGCAACUAGAAAGAGCCGCCCGAGGAACCUCGGUACAAUCCCUGAAAGUAUUGUUACGUUCUCUGCUCGGCACUGCCCUAUUUAGCGAGAGAUUGAACAUUUUAGGAGGAGCUGGCGCUGUCCUCAUAGUAUUAAGCUGCGCACUUGUAGCUACCACCGAACCCCUGUCCUAGCAAUCCGAUGUAGUUUGUAAAUACGAUUACAGCAAUCAGCGGAAGUCGCACUUCCAGAAUAUAAGUUGACAAUAGCAGCGUUGUAAGCGAUAUGUACCCUGGCAAGUCUUCGAUCAUUUUCCACAUG